AUGAGUACAAAUCACGAAGUUCCCAAUGCCUGGGAUGCCGACUGGGAGUCUCAAGCUGAUCAGCUGGCGGAUCAGCCGAUCAUUGCACCGGAGAAGAAGAUAUCCUCUAAAGUCAGCAAGGCGCAACGGAGGGCGCAACAGGCCGAGUUCAAUCGACAGCUCUGGGCAGAAGCUGAAGCGCCGCAGACAUUUCACUACAUGGAAGCUCGCUCUGAGGUGCCGCUAAAACAGGACUUCAAACCGACGGUCACUCUUCUCAGUCGAAGACCGCAGACUGCUACAAGAAAAUCACCAUCUCUAGGGGGAGUCGAUGGAGCAACAGCUGGACUGGGACAACUCGGUCUGGAUGACGACGGGGACUCCGACGACGACCGCAGCAAGCAGCGUCAACCGACGUUUGAGGAACGACAAGCCAUGGCCCUCAAGAAUCGUGAGGAGAGACAGAGAAAAUACGAGGAAGCACGAGAACGCCUGUUCGGGAGCCCUUCUGCUCCGACGUCCGGCAAUUCCACACCCAGAAGUACAACCCCGCCCCACCAUAAUCAGUCCGCGGAAGGCCGAGGCAAGGGUAAGGGCCGGGGUGGGCAGCGAGACUACAGAGAGAAGCGGGACUCGUCUUCGGUUUCGAACAGGUCUAGACAGCAACUCUAUGAUCCGGCGAGUCCAAAUCGGUCAACCGGCGGAUCUCCGUUUCAGAGACGCGAUCGCUCUCGCGGAGACAAGACCGACGUCGAAAAGACAGAGCUUCCUCAACAACCAAUUCGAAACCCACGAGGCCCGGAUGCUAGUGGGAGAGGAGGCUUUGGAUUUGGACCUCGGGGUGCGCGGGGAGGCUAG